GUAAUCAUCUGGCCUCGCUUAUCAGCAUCAAAUUGUUAAUAAACCGAGUUCAUUUUAGCAAGCUGUCUCGCCUAAUGUAACAAGUCCCACAUGUGGUCUAUUGCUUUCUGUGCCGGUUACGGAGAUUGACUCGGUAUUAAAAUUGCAUGAUGACAGAGAUCCUUCUGAUGAAGCUGCUCACGUUGAUUCUAAACAAAGUUUUUCAAACUCCGAGUCACCUUCUGUAGAAGCUAAUGAAGGUAUUAUUUCAAGCUGUCAUAUUAGAAAUUACUGUAUUCGUCCAAAGAUGUGGUUGCUGAAAUCCGAGCUAGAAAACACCGUUGAGGCCCUGAAAGGCGAAAUCUGGUCGCUGAACAGCCAACUCAAAGCAUCCAUCCUUGAUCGAGAGCAGCUGCAGGACCGAGUGGUACAGCUUGAUUCGUCUUUGGAGGCAGAAAAAAAGAGAGCCGAUGCUUUGGAUUGCGAACUAUCUGAGCAGACGGAGCUGACUGAAAAAGCUACCCGUCAGGCAGCAGAGGCUGAGAACGAAAGUAAUCGGCGUCUUGCCGAAUGUCUGGAAAUGGAGACGCGAAGAGAGCAGGUAGAGAAAGCGUACGCUCAACUAAGCGACUACUACAGUCAACUGCAAGCUGCUUACAAUGUAAUAUAUGCUCAACUCAAACAGUUGGAGACAGAGAGAGAAAAUGAUAGCAAACAACAGAAUGUUAGUGAUUUUAAAUAUCAUGAGUUGGAUAUAAAUAAAACCUCGAUCAGAGAUUCAAAGGUGCGUCUUCUACAACUCGAAGACGAUCUCCACUGGAAGCAGGAUGAGUGCGUUAUGUUACGCAGAAAAGUUGAUGAGGUAUGUACGCUCGGCGCCAUUGCAGCUACGCCGUCAUCGCGUCUUCGCAUUGAGCUCGCGAUUUUAGCUGCCAAACUGGCCACUCGUCAAGCCGAUGUGGACGCACUCUUCCGGGCCAACGCCGAGCUGGCACACGCCAAUGUGCGACUGCAGAACGAGCUGGAUCAAAGCGAGGAUCGAGUGGUCUUGGCAAGCCACGACGUGUUUUGCGAUGGAGAACUGCAGGUGGGAAUUUGUCAGGUUAAACGACUCGAAGCUGUGGAAAAGUUGCUUAAUGAACGAAUAUUGUGUUUGGAGGAUCAACUGCUCGAAGGAGAGGAAAGAUUGCAAGAGAUUGAAGAAGAACUUGCUGACGAACGACAAAAGGUGUUAUCUCUUCAAAAGGACAUUAGUGUUAUGGAGAAGAAGUUCACCUCCGGACGGAAUCAGCAGCAGCAACUGGAAAAGUCUGGAGAAGUUAACAAAAUCUGUUUGAUGCAAGAAGCGAAGAAAUCGACUGGCGAUUUAUGGGGAGACGAAGAAUUUGAAAAGAUCAGAAAUGAGCUUGAGAAAACAAGAAAGGAGUUACUGGAACAGAAGAAACUCACCGUUCUUCUGGAGUCAUCGGCAAAUGAACAGAUUGCCGCCAAUGAAGUAGAAAGGAGCGGCCAUAUACAAGAAAUGGAACGUAUUAAAUGUGAAUUGAGCACUGUUAGGCAGGAACUGGAAGUUGCUCAAGAGCGUUUGAGAAUGAGUCAAACCUCAGAAUUAAGGGCCGAAAAACAAGAGCUGGGUUGGAAGUUGGAAGAUUUUCAAGAAAUGAGCUCAACAGAAAUGUCAGCUUUGUCUUCGAAACCAAAAGCGGCGGACGAAUAUGUUAUGACUGACAUGCGGGAGGAGUUGGAAAGCGUGGAAACACCUAGUAGAAAUCUGGAGGUUGUUAAUGAGCAGGUCAUGGAAGUACGACGCGAGUUGACAGAAAAGGAUGUUCUUGUACUGGAACUGGAGUCCAGUCUUGGAGAAGUGCAGCGUCAACUUGAAGAGAAAGAACUUCAAAAUAGUCUACUCAAGGAUAGUGAGGCUCGGUUACUGGACUCAGUUGAUGAGUUUGGAUUACAGACUGAGAAGUAUGAAGCUUGUUUAAAUCACACAACUGAAUCUCGACUAAAUAUGGCGAUCGAAGUAAGCGCGAAUGCGGAAUUUGUAGUUUUUUUUGUUUUCUGUUUUUCUUAG